AAGGUUUUUUUGCAGCCAUUUCCUUCCAUAUUUUUUCCUUGCUAUGCCUAAUUGAAAAUAUUGCAGAGUUUUACAUGCUAUUAAUGUAGAAAAUAAUCCAGUCAUAGAAUCACUGCCAGAAGAUAGCCCUUUUGCUAUCCUCUUGGCAAAAUUCAAAGGUCGAAGACCUUCUUUCCUUUUCAUUAAAUAGAGUUCAAAAAACUAAAUAAUGACUUUAAAAAAGAAAUCUGUAAUAUUCAUAAUACACUGCCAGCCUCAGGUAUCAGAAGUAAUUUAUUAAACUUAUAAAUAUUUAAAUAAUUCAUCAAUAUUUUAAUAAUUCCUUUAAAUAUAAUUGUCUGAGCUUUCCCAGAACCUGGAAAUCCUCGGAUAUCAUUGACUUGAUCUAUGCAUAUUCCUCUCAGAUUCAAUUGAUAUCCUGGCCCAAGUUCCUUUCCAUUUGCAUGAGAAGUAUAAAUCUGUGAGGUGAAUAUCUAGGACUGGAUGAGGAUCAUUCCCUGACAUCAUUUCUCAAGCAAACCCAGAUCCCAGUCAAUCCAAAUGAUAUUUAACUGAGUCAAAGUUUGCACUGUUUAUGAGUUUACACAGUUCUGCUGGCACUGCUGUAUCUCUUAGGACUGAGGAAGAAUUCACCCUUGAAUUGCCAUAGCGAUGCUCGUCAGCCAGAGCCCUUCCAUUCCUCUCCCAACACACCCUGAUCUUGAUGUAACCAACAACAGUGUAGCCUUUUUGCCUAAAAUGCUUGUCCCACUGAACCAAUGAAGUGCUUAAUCUGUAACUCUGAAAGCACUUCACCAAUGUAAACUGUCUCUUGUAGGUAGUAUUGGAGGUACAGCUAAAGCAGAGGAGGCAGAGAGCCCAGUUCCCUGUGUAACCUUCACGUCAUUCUAACUUGCCCAGCUUCUCUUCUGCACUUGUCAAAGUCUGACUGGGAAAAUACUGGUGUGAUUUCACUGUAGCUGCACUGCCCCAAAUUCCCAAUGAUAACACAUCAAAAGAAGAGUUUCCUUGGGCAUUGUCUAGAGUAUGUAGAGGUCCCAGAUUUGAGGACUUGAAUGAGUGGAAGUUAUAAUUACUGUCAGGCACCUCCACCAGAUAUGAGUUAUCAAAUAUUGCAGAGAUCGGUAGAGGUACAAAUUAAAGUAAUGCUGUGCCAUGACUUAUACAAAAUUACAUUAAUUUAAUUUAAUUAUAACAUCAGAUUAAUUUAGGAGAGUGCAAUAUCUCUUGUGCACAUUUAGAACUGAUCUUAUUAAAACUUAUUAACAGAAGUAAAUUUUUGUUUCAUUGACACCUGGUUUCAUUUGGUUUCAUUUCCUGUCUGUGAAUCUUCUGACAACAGCAGUAUGUGUAACAGGAACACUGACCUAGAAUUUCAGAGGUGGUCAAAACUCAGCAGGUUUUGAUUUAUGUGGUUGACUGACUGUAGACUCCUUUGAAAAUUUCAUAGACAAUUAUGCUAUUGAAAAAACUUUAGAGGAAUAGAUUUGAUCCUGCAAGAACCUCUCUAGUAGUAUAAAGUAGUAUGCAGAUUUUUGAACAGGACAAACUUAGGAGAAAGGAUAAUAUUUCACAAAUUGGCAGAGAAUAAUAAUAAAAAAAGUUUUCCUUGGUAUUAAAUAAAGCAGUAGAUUCAAAGCUUAUGAAUUAACCUAUAAUCCAUCUUAUUGCUAUCAGUCAUAUGAGACACUGAACAAAGAAAAUCCAUGUUGAUUUUGGUCUUGUUGUAUAUUUCAUAUGAUGAAUUCAUAUAUUAAGAUGGUGAGUGUUUUGUAAAGGUUUUAUAAAAAUGUAUGUGUAUCAUUGGUAUCACCAUUACCAGACUAGAGCAAGAUUCUGAAAGUCACCAGAAGAACAGAGUUUACUUUUGCUCUUCAGUCUUUGUAGCAACUAGCAAAUUUGAAAAUCUCAGCUUAAAAAUAGAAAUGUUAUUGCAAAGCUGCCGCUGAAAGUUUCAGGACAAUUAAUAUACAUAUGCUCUUCUAGCUCCCUGUGUUAAAUAUGUUCUUUACUUUGAAUAGAAGCUUAAUAUUUAAUGCAGUAGAAUUUUUACUGUCUGGUGUUAUCCAGGAAAUCAAAUGCAGACAUGGAACAAUAGAUUGCUCAGCCUUGAGCAAUAGAUGUUUGAGAAAGUGAAUAAGACAUACUCACUGUGCAGAAAGCCUCCAACAGAAAGCAGAAAAGGAAGAUAAAUCAAUCAGACUGUUUGCAUUAUAUGUGAGAAGACUGUAAAGGACAGCAACAGUAAAACAUCUAAUACUUUUAUGAAUGUAUGAAAGAAUAUUAACUAAACAUCUGGGAAAGGUCAUGCUGAAUAAAUUGGUUAAAGCUGUACAUCGGCUACUAUUGCGGGGUUUUUUUAAUACUACAUUGGUAUCUCCAUAUUUAAAUUAUAUUUUUACUUGAUUCUUAAAGUAAUGAAUACCAUCCUUUUAUAUAACAGGCUUCUGUCUUUAUUCUUUAAAAAAAGUGAGGGGAAAAAAGGAGGUGAAUUAGUUCUCUUGGUAACAAUCAGUCCUGCUCUGGUUACAUGCCUGGAAAAUAAUUAACAGAUUUUCUCUAAUGCUUCCUAAAGAUGUUGAAACUAGAGAACAAAUAUUGACCAAGAGGCAGCAAAACUUGCCUGGACAGGGGAAAAUAAUGGUUUAUAUAACUGAAAACAGUUUGCCAAAAAACAGAAUAGAAAUUAUGGAAUAUCUGAUUUUAAAUCAACCAGAUGUCAAAACAGCCAAAUGUGGUGUGUACAUGCACUCAGGUAUUUGCAGGCCACACUUAAGUCCUGCUACCACAUAAAAGGCUCUUUCACCAUCCUGAAGAUCUGCAGGGCCCUGCAGGAAUCUUCUGGGAGCUGCUCUGGAGAUAAUUUAGCACUUAAGAGAGCCCUUUGGAUGCAAGAGGGAACCAAUCAUGAAGACUGGAAGAGGUUCUGGCAUGACCAGGCUUUCAGAAACAUGAGCAGAACCUUGGACAGGAUGGCCCACACAGAGAGAGCUCUGCCCUGGCUGCUGCUGCUGUCACUGGCCUUGCUGGGCAGCAGCACUGCAGAGCGGGACUGCCGAGUAAGCAGCUUCAAAGUCAAGGAGAACUUCGACAAGAACAGGUACAGUGGCACCUGGUAUGCUAUGGCAAAAAAAGAUCCUGAGGGGCUGUUUCUGCAGGACAAUGUGGUUGCCCAGUUCACUGUAGAUGAGAAUGGACAAAUGACUGCUACUGCAAAGGGCAGAGUCAGACUCUUCAAUAACUGGGAUGUCUGUGCUGACAUGAUCGGCUCUUUCACUGACACAGAGGAUCCUGCCAAGUUCAAGAUGAAGUACUGGGGUGUCGCCUCUUUUCUGCAGAAAGGAAAUGACGAUCACUGGGUAGUGGACACAGAUUACGACACAUACGCUCUUCAUUACUCCUGCCGCCAACUAAAUGCAGAUGGCACCUGUGCUGAUAGCUACUCCUUUGUGUUCUCCCGGGACCCCAAGGGAUUGCCUCCAGAUGCACUGAAAAUUGUCAGACAAAGGCAGAUGGAUCUGUGUUUGGACAGAAAAUACAGAGUUAUCACUCAUAAUGGAUUUUGCUCUUAAGGAGAUCCAACCCUAUGGAAAGAAACCAUGUAACAGCACCACGGAUGUAAAGUUAACACACUGAUCAUGUGUUCUCUGGAAAAUGCUUUUAAUGGCUUAAUUUAGAUUUUCAAUAUAUUUAUCUGAGCUGUGUAGCUCACCUUGUUAAUAAACCAAUGAAGCAUUUUAAUAAACUUGGAUUACAGGGGA